UUGGCAUGGAGGAAUGAUAAGAACUCGAUAGUUCAAAUGGCGAUGAAGAGAGUUCAAGAGCUGGAAUGGGUGAAGAAAGAUUUGGAGAGGAGAAACCUUGAGCUGCAAGCAAACUAUAAUGGGGGAAACAGAGUGAAGAUAGAGAAUCCAAUAUCUGGGAUUGAUUCAAUGUUGGAACCUCUCAAAUGCUUGAAGGCUAUGGAUUCCAAACCCACAAUGAUCCACUCAAUGUUUACUCAUCAACAAUUCCUUGCUGUCAUGGAGUUUGAAUCUCAGAUGGGAGCUGCCAGGGUAGAGGAGGCAGUGACUAAAGCAUUGCAAGGAGCUGAGAGGAAACUUCGGCAACGUUGGACCGACCGAAUAUUAAUACACGGCCGCAAGUUUUGAUCAAAGUUU